UUGAGGAAUCGGCCCGCAGUGGAGCAGCUAGCUGCUGUGAGGGCAGUGUGAUUGACCCUAUGAGAAGCUAUGCCGAUGACUUAGUUCUUUGAAAAAGUCUUCAUCACAUUGAUAUUUGAUCUCUUUCACACGUGGUGUAACAUUUCUACCUUAGAUUACUCUUCCAGACAUGUCCACCGAAGGAGCCGCCGACCAGGCGGCAGCAGAGUACAUCCCAGAGAAGGUGAAGAAGGCAGAGAAGAAGUUGGAAGAAAACCCAUAUGACCUUGACGCAUGGAGCAUUCUGAUUCGAGAAGCACAGAACCAACCCAUAGAUAAAGCAAGGAAGACAUACGAGCGACUUGUCACGCAGUUCCCGAGUUCUGGCAGAUUCUGGAAACUAUUCAUUGAAGCAGAGAUCAAGGCUAAAAACUAUGACAAAGUAGAAAAGUUGUUUCAGAGAUGUCUCAUGAAAGUGUUGCACAUCGACCUGUGGAAAUGCUACCUCUCAUAUGUCCGAGAGACCAAAGGGAAGCUGCCCAGCUACAAAGAGAAGAUGGCUCAGGCGUAUGACUUUGCCCUGGACAAAAUAGGCAUGGAGAUAAUGUCUUAUCAGAUUUGGGUCGACUACAUCAACUUCCUCAAAGGAGUUGAAGCCGUGGGCUCGUAUGCUGAGAAUCAACGGAUCACUGCAGUGCGGAGGGUCUACCAGAGGGGCUGCGUGAACCCCAUGAUCAACAUUGAGCAGCUGUGGAGAGAUUAUAGCAAAUAUGAAGAGGGCAUCAAUGUGCACUUGGCCAAAAAGAUGAUUGAGGACCGGAGCAGAGACUACAUGAACGCCAGGAGAGUCGCUAAAGAGUAUGAAACAGUGAUGAAGGGGUUGGACCGGAACGCACCGUCGGUACCGCCACAGAACUCCCCUCAGGAAGCCCAGCAGGUGGAAAUGUGGAAGAAGUACAUCCAGUGGGAGAAAAGCAACCCACUGCGCACAGAAGACCAGACCCUCAUCACAAAGAGAGUGAUGUUUGCCUAUGAGCAGUGCCUGCUGGUGCUGGGUCACCAUCCCGACGUAUGGUAUGAGGCAGCCCAGUAUCUGGAGCAGUCCAGCAAACUGCUGGCGGAGAAAGGAGAUAUGAAUAAUUCCAAGCUGUUUAGUGACGAGGCAGCCAACAUCUACGAACGUGCCAUCGGGACCCUCCUGAAGAAGAACAUGCUUCUGUACUUUGCAUUUGCCGACUAUGAAGAGAGUCGCCUGAAGUACGAGAAGGUCCACAGCAUCUACAACAAACUCUUGGGCGUCGAAGACAUUGAUCCCACACUGGUCUACAUCCAGUACAUGAAGUUUGCCAGGAGGGCGGAGGGCAUCAAGUCCGGACGCACAAUCUUCAAAAAGGGCCGGGAGGAUCUGCGCACACGUCACCAUGUGUACGUGACCGCAGCCCUGAUGGAGUACUACUGCAGCAAGGAUAAAUCAGUGGCCUUCAAGAUCUUUGAGCUUGGUCUAAAGAAAUAUGGAGACAUACCAGAGUACAUACUGGCGUACAUCGAUUACCUCUCUCACCUUAAUGAGGACAACAACACCCGGGUCCUCUUUGAACGUGUCCUCACCUCAGGAAGUUUGUCACCAGAUAAAUCAGGUGAGAUCUGGGCUCGGUUCCUGGCGUUUGAGAGCAACAUAGGCGACCUGGCCAGUAUCCUGAAAGUAGAGCGCAGGCGCUUCACUGCCUUCAAGGACGAGUACGAGGGCAAAGAGACGGCUCUGCUCGUAGACCGAUACAAGUUCAUGGACCUGUAUCCCUGCUCGUCCAGUGAACUCAAGGCCCUCGGAUACAAGGAUGUUUCUCGUGCCAAACUGGCAGCUCUGCUCCCAGAGACGGUGGUGACGCCCUCUACACCUGCACAGAAGGACGACGCUGACCGUAAACCCGAGUACCCCAAACCCGACACCAACCAGAUGAUCCCCUUCCAGCCACGUCACCUCGCCCCUCCAGGUUUACACCCCGUCCCUGGCGGAGUUUUCCCAGUCCCCCCGGCUGCUGUCUUACUAAUGAAGCUGCUCCCCCCGCCUACGUGCUUCUCCGGUCCCUUUGUUCAAGUGGAUGAGCUCAUGGAAACUCUUCGGAGAUGCACCCUUCCUGACAAUGUCGAUGCCGCUGUAGAGCUGAUCACUGGCAAGCAGCCCGACGCAGGAGGCGAGGGCAACGGAGCCAUUGAGAACCACGCUGUUGCCAAGUCACUAAAGAGGCCUAACGCAGACUCUGACGAGGAGGAUGACAAAGGAGCUGUGGCUCCGCCCAUACACGACAUCUACCGCUCACGCCAACAGAAGAGGAUUCGAUGAAGUGACUACAACCCACGGUGAACCUGACAAGAAUGUAAUCUUAAUAGCCGGUCAUAUGGGGUUUAACGUACGUAUCCAUGUUUCUGAGUCUUUUCUUACAGAUCUGUUGAUUUCUCUUCAGACGACAAACAUUCAUAAACACACACACACACACACACACACACUCUCACUCACACAGACAUACACACAGUAUGGUCACCUGAGUGUUCUUGUGGGGCUUUUUUUGUUAUGUUAACAGUUUUUAUUUUUAAAGACUGACCAUUAUACUGUAAAAAAUUUUAAUUCAAUCAUUGAUUCAGCCGUUUUGACCCUGUGAUCUUCCAGCGAAGGAAAAGUGGAGUUAAGGUUUUUUAGAUAACUGGAGGAAACACAGUUCAUUUCAAUAAAAGUGAAAAAGAAUUCAA